GACUUCUUGAUGCCUUCAUGUCCCCAGCUACUUCCAAGGGUUAGGGAUGACCAGUAAGAGUACUGACCACGUGGUAGACCUGCUCUCCUCUGGCCAGCACAAGCCUGCCCCUGCCUCACUUCAUUUCAUUCUCCCUCUGCCCACCCCUUCUUAGCCUGGACCCUUACCCACUGUGCCUGGCUCACUGGCUGGCUGUUGUCUCCAAUACCAGAUGCAUCUGGGGCUCAGAGCAGGAGGGAAAGGGGCCAUGAUUCCCUCAGGUGUGUGGGGGCAGGCAGGUAACUGUCCCCAGCUCCAAGCCCAUCCUGUGAAGGAAAGGGGUUGCAGUCUGGCAGGGUGCCAGUUCCCUCUGCAGCCGUUGUGAGCCAGUCAUCUUUGGCCCAGUCCCGCCCUCUGGGAAGAAUGGGCCCCUCUGUCCAGAGGCCCCUGCGACGUGCUGAGCAUCCAGACAUGGAGAGGAGCCCACAGGGUGUGGGGUCUCCACUGUGGGAUCCUGUCUGUUUCCGGCGAGUGGGGUGCACAAUAGGGUCUCUAAGGACCGCUUCCCGCCACUGGCUCCAUUGUUGCUGUCCCUGCCUUCCUCCUCAGCCUCCCAGCUGCAUAAGGGCUAGUGAGGCUCUGGACAGAGCUCAGGGUCCUGAGGCUGAAAGCCCCUGCCUGGGGGUGUGCACUGCGGCUCCCCAGCUCUGGCAGAGGAGAUUCUUCUUACCCUCAACCCUCAGCUGGGGGAAGAGCCACAACUCUAGUGCUGGGGGACCUGUGGGCUGAGUGCUUCAUCCUUAUCUGUCCUCACUGCGGAAGGGGCAGGGAUGCAGGCCAGAGGCUCUGCUCAGACUGAAUGACCUUGUCACCUUUCAGGCAAGAAACUGAGUUUAGGAGAGGGACACACCUGAGCAAGGCCCACACACCCUUGCUCCAGACUGAGUUGACCAAGGUACAAUGGGCUACACAGACUGUUCAGUGGCUGCCCUGGAACUUCCAGGGGAUGGGCUAUCUUGAGGUGCCCAUGCAUUCAACUGCCUGCUCUCUGGGGCUGAGAAGGAGGGUGGGAGAGCACCCAUGGAUGCAGGUGCCACUGGGUCUCCUCCCACUGUUUCUUCUCAUCUCCUCCACCAUGCAAGCUUGGCACUCCUCUUUUCAUCUGCAGCAUGGACCACCCUUUGGAUUCCAGACCCUUACACCCAUUCCCCAGCAUCUUCAGAAGGAGUAGAGAAAAAGUGAACCCUGGGCUCUCCCACUGCUCACCUAUUCUGGGGAGGUUCUUCCACUAGGCCAGUUUCCCACAGCCAGCAGGGAGGCCUGUUCCCAUCACCUCCCCUCUGGGCCACAUCCACUGGUGCUUAUAGACCACCUCCCAGUUCACCAGUCCAUAAAUACAUUGGGCAGCUGUACUGGUGGGCCCUCUACUCACAUAACCAGGAAGGUGCCUGAACAUCCUACCCACACAACCACACAGAGAAACCAUUGCCCUUCCAACAGUACUCUGCUCCUCAGAAGGCAGACAGGGUUGUGGCCAGAAGGGCACAGGAAACUCUGGUGCUCCAGGAGUCCCUGGGGACAACUGGCCAAGGCCAAAGAAGUGGGAGGGGAGAUAAAAAGAGAAAUGGUGUGGGCGAGAAGUGGACUGGAGCUGCAGGAACUGGCUUGGGGGCUCCUUGCAGGCCAGAGACACCUCAAGGAGUGAGAACUCACACAGGUAGGCCUUGGCUGCUGAGUGCCUAAAGGCCGAAGAACAGAGUAUGGUGUGAAUGUGAGUCAUCAGGUGCAGCUCUGGAGAGCCUUCCAGGAGCCAGACAUGGCUCAAGGCACUGGAAAUAAUGCAAGGCGCCCUGUCGAGAACAUCAUACCUACACCUGUGCACCUGGAGCUCAGUGCACAUCCUUCCUUCUCUGGGAGGGUCCAGGAGAUAGGUCACUAGGAGCUGGUAGACAGGCCUUCUCCCCAGUGCAGUGCACAGAGGCUUUGCUGCUGCCCAGGGACCACUGUCUCAACUGUCACUCUGUCUGGUUAGGCUAGGGCCAACGUGCUGGCAGGUGUGUAAGGCACUCUAACUGGGGGCCGAAGAGUUGGUCUUGGGCACACUCAUUUUUCUGGGAGCAGUUUCCAUCCUUGUUGGGUCCCCUGACCAGAACCUGAAUGGCUAAGCAGCCACGCCAGGCUGUGUGCACAGACAAGGCAAUGACAUUCAAGAACAUUAGGCCUCAAUCUGGGGUGACAAGGUGGCACAGCUGCCUGAUCCAAGCUUCUGUCCCUCCCCUUGCCGCCUCUACCCUUGGGCUUUACCAGGAGCCACUCCAUCUUUUUUUUUACUUUCUGGAGGAGGUGAUCUCCUGGGUUCCCUGGCUGCCUUCCAUCCCCAGUGGUGGGCCAGCUGCCAGAGGCCCAGCCUCUCGCAUCCGGCGCCCCUCCCACCACACUCCGAGAGCCAACAUCUGUCUCCUCGCCGAGUCUUUCCUUGUUAAGCCCCUGCUCCCUGGCCCUGUGGCUCCAGCGCAUCCUCCUUCCCGCCUAAGGGACCGUGGGAGGGAACCUGCAGGACGUCCUCCCGGGGCGGCUCUGGGUUUGGCUGGCGUCCAGGGUGCCCUGGUGAGCGAAGCCCCGCGCCGGUCUCCCAGACAGCCCUACGGGGACUUGGCUACGACCCAGGGCCCGCAGCAAGCCCCUCCGCCGCUCCACCAGCGCACCCCUGUCCGGCGGGGGUGCACGCUCCCGAGGUCGGUCCCCGUGCCAGGACAGGCCCCGACUGCCGCCCGCAUUGGGGACCAACCGAGCAACUGCGGCCGGCUAAGAGCAGUGCGCGGCCCCGCGAGCGCGGUCGACCCACCGAGCCGCCGCGACCACAGAGCGCCGCCGCCCGGAACCCGCGGCCGGGCCCCAGGCUGGGGCCGGCGGAGCCCAACGCGCGACGCACCAGCGAGCGGCCCUGCGGCACUUCCGGCGUCUAGCCCCGGCCUCUGCCCAGCCGUCGGCAUUCGCCCGAGAGGCCCUGGGGAGACCGGGAGCCGACGGGGCACGGCGCGGCCGGAGGGGGCCCUGGGGCGGGAGGUCCCUCAGCCGCGUGUCCCGCAUUCAUGGAGCACGACGACCCGGCCGAGGCGCUGACGGAGCUGCGCGAGCGGCGGCCGGGCGCGCUGGAGCUGCUGCAGGCGGCGGCGGGCUCGGGGCUGGCCGCCUACGCCGUGUGGGCGCUGCUGCUGCAGCCAGGCUUCCGCCGAGUGCCGCUGCGGCUGCAGGUACCCUACGUAGGCGCGAGUGCACGGCAGGUUGAGCAUGUGUUGUCGUUGCUGCGCGGUCGCCCAGGAAAAACGGUGGAUCUGGGCUCUGGAGACGGCAGAAUCGUGUUGGCGGCCCACAGGUGCGGUCUUUGCCCGGCUGUGGGCUACGAACUGAACCCGUGGCUUGUGGGGCUUGCGCGGCUGCAUGCUUGGAGGGCCGGCUGUGCUGGCAGCGUCUGCUACCGUCGCGAAGAUCUCUGGAAGGUGAGCCUGAGGGACUGCCACAACGUGUCCGUGUUCCUGGCCCCCAGCGUGCUCCCCUUGCUGGAAGACAAGCUGCGGGCAGAGCUGCCUGAAGGGGCCCGUGUGGUAUCUGGGCGCUUCCCUCUCCCCACCUGGCAGCCUGUGGCUGUGGUAGGUGAGGGUCUAGAUCGGGUCUGGGCCUAUGAUGUCGACGUGAAUGUCCACAGUGCCCCACCUGCUGCUGCAUCUCCUUGGGAGGUGCCCAUCAAGGGCACCCCAGGGCCUGGUUCUACCGUGGUCCCCAGGAUCCCCAGUUCUAAGGCUGGCUGACAGGACACAAUAAAGACUCGUGGAUCCCA